AUGUGGGCAAUAAUUGACUUAUGUUGUGCAUUGUUGUUGUCGUUCGUUCAUAUUGUCGUUCCUCCUUCGUCUUCGGAUUUUCUUGUUGGAUCCAUUAUCGAAUGUAAUGUUACGGCAUCAUGUGAAAAAGAUGACGUUGAUGAAAAGUUAGCGCUGCUUGUUGAAGAGGAGAGGACACUGUGGGACCCUAGGUCCGAAGACUACAAAGCGAAAGCCCUGCGGAACUUGGCUUGGGAUAAAAUUUUUGUGAAAAUGAAAAAUAAAGGAUAUGAUCGCAACAUCGACGAGUUGAAGCGCAUGUGGCGUAACAUGCGCACUGCCUACAUCCGACAUAAAGCUGGUUCGACAGGAUCUCCCGCAUCCACGGAAUGCCGUAUUUUAAAAUUCAAGUAUUUGGACAGUCUUGUGUGA